CGUAGCCCUGUGAGCUAGUGGAUCGGCCGUGCUCCCUGUAGUCGCAGUCUGCAAGGAAAGCGUCGGGCUUGGGCUGUCUCGAAUUCGGCAAAAACACCUAAAAGACGUCCAGUUUCUUCAUUUUCCAAGUGUGACCUGCAUACAGCAGAGCAAGACAAGAUGAUGUCCGAAAAGAGAAAGAAGGUUGAAGCCAUGACCCGUGACCUUGAGCUCCCCAAUGAUGUACUGCAAAAAGUAUCGGCCAAACUUCUUGAUGAAUUCAACAAAGGCCUUGGAAAAGAAACUCACAAAUCGGCAGAAGUCAAAAUGUUCAUUACCUACGUGAGGGACGUUCCCAAUGGUUCAGAAACUGGAACAUUUCUAGCUUUGGAUUUGGGUGGAACUAACUUCAGAGUUCUACUCAUCGAUAUUGAUGGCGAUAGAUUCAGCAUGCAGAACGAAAUUUAUGCUAUUCCUCAAGAAGUCAUGGUUGGAACUGGCGAAGAGUUGUUCGAUCACAUAGCUGACUGCAUGUCUAAGUUUAUGGACAAGUAUCAAGUCAAGGACAAGAAGCUUCCCCUGGGCUUUACAUUCAGCUUCCCUUGUCGACAAGAGGGUCUCACAAAGGCCAGAUUGGUUCAAUGGACCAAGGGCUUCAAGUGCAGUGGUGUUGAGAACGAGGAUGUAGUGCGUCUGCUGAGGGAAGCAAUCAAGAAGCGUGAGGACAUCAAUAUUGAUGUUAUGGCAAUAGUGAAUGACACAACGGGAACUCUCAUGUCAUGUGCUCACAAAAAUAAGGAAUGCAGGCUCGGGCUCAUUGUCGGAACUGGAACGAACGCAUGUUAUAUGGAGAAAAUUGAAAAUGUGCAACUCUGGGAUGGAGACAAUGACGAACCUCGACAAGUCAUCAUCAACACAGAGUGGGGUGCAUUUGGUGACCAUGGCUCCUUGGAAUUUGUGCGAACACGUUAUGACAGAGAAAUUGAUUCGGCUUCACUCAACCCUGGAAGGCAGCUGUUUGAGAAGAUGAUCUCUGGCAUGUACAUGGGGGAGCUUGUCCGUCGUAUCUUGGUACACCUUGCCGAGGAAAACUUGAUGUUCAGCUCAAAACUUUCUGAAAAAAUGAAGACCCCAUAUCUCUUUAAGACGAAGUACAUUUCUCAGAUUGAAAGUGACCCCCGAGGUGUCUAUGAUGAAGCCCACAGCGUAAUGGUCAAGAUGGGCAUGGUUGGCACGGAUGAAGACUGUGAAUGUCUCAAGCUCAUCUGUGCUCGUGUGUCGUCGCGUGCAGCCCAUCUGGUGUCGGCAGCUGUGGCCACCAUCCUUAACAAGAUGAAGCGACCCCACACCACUGUCGGUGUUGAUGGCUCAGUGUAUCGGUACCACCCCAGAUUCCACAAUCUUAUGGAGGCAAAAAUCGCUGAACUGGCCAAUCCUCAGUAUAAGUUUGACCUGAUGCUCUCUGAAGACGGAAGUGGCCGCGGUGCAGCCUUGGUGGCAGCUGUUGCUGUACGCACGAAGAAGGAUAAAGCUCCGUAAAACCCUUGAGACAGCAAUACUGAGCCUUCACUAUACUGCGGUCUGUCGUGAGAGACUAUUUAUUGGACACCAUGUUAAAAUAUACCCAAAUUGCCACUCUUGCUGCAGGGCUUCAGGCUUUUACCGCCAUUGGAAAUAACUGUGCUGGAACUACAGCCCAGGGUACUCGUUCUUGCACACUUAAACUGCUUAGCAUGAGCAAGAGAAUAUGGGAGCAUGCUAUGUAUGUGAUGCAUGUGUUGUAGAGAAUGGUUGCAAAAAUGUUCAACUUGGUGCCACGUUGGUACUACGAGCAGAGGAAUCAACAUAAAGCAAUCACAGGUGCCUUGUUUGGCUUAGGUGCUGGUUGUAUCCAAGAGCCUCAGUAACACUACCAGUGAGAUCACACUUGCUCUCUUGGGUGGUUACUGCCCUGUCAGCCCUGCAUGUGGAAAAGAAUAUUACCAUGACACAUCUCAUGUCAUGACAUUCAUGUGUAAUCUCAUUGUCUCUUAGUGCAAAUUUUGCUGGUAGCACUUCGUGCUGCACUAUUUAGUGGUAGCUUUUGUCUUAACCAUCAUGGCACUACAGUUCUUAGCAGGAAAUCAUUUUUGAGUCAAAUGGUGCAUUCUUCUGGUGCACUCGAAAUGUCAGCGCAUUCUUCAAUGGGUAUGGGGGGUUGACUAGUCAUAAAGAAGCAUUUUACGAGCUGUAUUGUUUUCUUAAAUGUGGCAUAUAUUGGUUUGAAAGGUGCUAUCAACUACAGGAUGCCAUUUUUUAAGCAUUUUGUCUCUUAACAUUUGAUUUUAGUUCAUUUUAAGUACUUUGCCACUGGAUGUCUUGUCACUUGUACAGUUGAUUUUAAAGAAUGUUGUCAUGUGGUAAUCUCCUUGCAGUGUCCUGCACUUUGAUCUUCUUGUGAUAUUUUUUUUUAUUGUAUGUAUGCGUGUGUGUGUGUGCAGUUUAUGUGUAGGGCUUCCAGUUGGCCCAUGGUUAGGAAUAAUUUUGGAAUUAGCUUAUUGUAGGACAUUCCAAGAACAGGUAUAAAGUAAAACGGCUUCAAUUUCAGAUGUAACUUGUGGUAGCAGAAAAAGCAGAUCUGUUCCAUGUUAUGCAGUUGAACUGCCUGUGUGUAAGUAUGCGAAAGAUGAUGCUCCGCAGUCAUGUGAUGCACUUAAAUUACCUGUGUUAAAAUAUAUGCAAUAUACCAUCCAUAAUAUUCAUUGUUGCCAUUUCAUUUUGUUUCAGCAAGUUUUAUUUUUCUGCAUGAGGUCAGUAUAGCAGUUUCUUGCGUGUUUUAUUGACAUGUGCCAAACUCAACAGUUAUGUACAUCCAGUUUUUUUUUUUUGUUAUGGGUGCUGUUUAGCACUGCCUUUGUUUUCCUCCACUUUUAAUAAGUAUUGAGUUCCAGGCAUGUCAUAGCAUUUGUUUACUCGCUUCAAGAAAAUCCAUUUGAAGUGGUAUUAGCGCAGCAUGAUGCUCACACACUGUUUUGUCAAAGCUUGCGAUUGUGAUGUGGGCCCCCGGAUUUGCUUGCAGUUUGUGGCUUGUAAAUAGCAUUGUAGGUGAAUCUUGUUGCCAGCUCGUUUCGUAAUUUAGCUUAUCUCUGCUGCCUGUGCUUGCCUCUUCUAUGUGAAAAGUGCUUUUACAAAAGGUUACUACUUUUAAAACGUGUGCAGAGAAAGCACGUUGUGUUUUUGAGAUUUCGGGUUCCAUUAUGGACGCAUUUAUUUGAGCUGUGCAAAUGUGGAUUAGAAUGACCAGAAUCUUUCAAUAAAUAGAGUACAAAGACUA